GUAAAAUAUAUUCAAGCUUAUCAUAUACUCGUAUCAAUACAGCAUAUACAUCAAACUCGUCAUUUCAUAUGAAAAUUCACAGUGUGGUAUAAAAAAGCGAAAGAUAUUUACAAAUGUUUCGAUAUGCUUUUCAGAUGUAAUCACUGGAUUAUUACUUGCAUUGCUUGUUUCUUUACAAAAUUCAAUUCAUUCUUAAUUUUACGCUUGCAAUAAAUUCCACAAAAACAGGUUAAUGACUUCCUCAAUGGCGGGACAUGAGUCAUUGGAGUUACUACAAGCAUAUUUCGAGAGGAUAUCCAAUAGUGCAGCUGCUAAGACAGUCCUCGGUGCUGUCCCAGCAGUACGACUAAAUAGAAAUGAGACCGUUGGAAGAUACCUGGAAGCAAUAAGAGACAUACCUGAAGGUGAAAUACUCAUUUGGGAGGCGCCCUUGAUCGUAACUCCUCCAGCUGGAGCAGGACCAACGUGUUUAAGGUGUUUGAAGAAACUGAGUAGUUCAAAUGACCGAAGUGCAUGCACGCAGUGUGGUGCCCCGGUUUGUAAGGAGAAAUGUCGUGUCAAUUACCACAGCGACGAAGAAUGCUGUGCGUUGCAAAACGUCAACGCAAACCCAUGGGAUGAAAGCAUGAUACCUCUGUUGAAUGCCGCUUUAACGCCUCUAAGGACAUGGAUGAAGAUUAAAGAAGACGUAACCAUUCGAUCAAUUUUCUUAUCCCUAGAGAGUUUCGCUGAGAGACGGAGGACGAUGCCAGUAGGUCGGUUCAUUACUUCGAAGAUCGUACCCCUGCUGCGAGAUACGUUGGGACAAGCUGAAAUAACUCCUGAUUUUAUACAUCACUGCUGUGGAGUUUUCGACACGAAUGCAAUUAAAGUUAGAAAUGCCGAUGAUGAACAGGGUCGAGCAGUGAUGCCGUUCUCAGCCAUGCUCAUGCAUGAAUGUGUGCCUAAUUGUGAUCAUUGGUUUGCUGAAGGGUACCAUGUGGUAAGGGCAUCCACGCCAAUACCUAAGGGUACAGUUCUAUCCAUUAACUACACAAGCAGCAUGCUGGGCACUCAAUCCCGACAAAAACACUUGUCAUUCACCAAACUGUUCAGAUGCCAGUGCAAGCGGUGUUUGGACCCGACCGAGUUGGGCACACACAUCAGCUCUGUUCGGUGUCGUGCUUGUAAGAAAGGUCUUCUGGUUCCGCAGAAUCCCUUUAACCAAGAAUCAUCUGAUAGGUCAUGCACGCCGAACCACUCUGGCCAGGAACCAUCUGACUGGUCAUGCACCAAGUGUUGCACAAGGUUUUCUUCGGAGAUGGUUAACACAAUCUGCAGGGCUGGGUCUUUCACGUCUGAGUUGUCUACCCCCGAGGAGCUGGUAGACAGGAUUGAGGACGUGCAGAGGAUGGUCGGAGUACAGCACUACGGAGUUCUUCAGCUCCUGUUGACUCUUUUCAGAGCGAUUAUCAGGAAAACAGCUCAAGCUUCCACUCAUGAAGAGCUGUUGCAACUGUUGACUGCAUCAGAGCACCUCUUGCCAGUUGCUCACAUCCUCGAGCCAGGACUCACUCUUCUCACAGGUGAGCUAUUACUGGGCAACCUCCAGGCCCGCGCGGAACUGAGCACGCGGCGGCUCCUGAUUGGCUGCAGCAGCGAGCUAGCUUUGCUAGGCACCUCAGUUCCGCCCACCACUCCAGAGCUGGUGCAAAAGAGGCUGGAUAAGUGCAAGCGUAUCCACCAGUUCCACCCAAUGCUCCGGGAGGUGGUGAAGGUAGCACAUGACUUCGCUGCACCAACCGACCUCAGCAACGGCACUUCAUAGACUUCAAGAAACUUUGGGGAAUAUUAAUUCUAAAUAUUUUGUUGCAAUCUUGAAAUCGGGAAUAUAGAAAAUUCUGACGUCAUCGUUCCUACUAAAGCGAUCUGAUCGAUCUCCGUUAGCUCAGAUCUAUAAUUUCCUCAAGACUGAGACAAUCGUUCCUACUUCGAGAAAUUGUGCUUUAAAUGCCAACGCUUCUUACGAGGCAAUUGUUCUGUUAAUGGAGAUAUUUUCUUCCAGGAUGAUUGUUCCCAUUAUUUGCCACUGGUCCAAGAAAAGAAAUGUGAUUAGUGUAUGAUUUCUUUUUGUGUAGGGUAAUAUCAAUUAUAAAUGCUUGCCCCCGCGAAGUAAUGGGUUCAUUUCACUCUUAUUGGUCGGUAGGAUCUUUUCUCAUCGUUCCAUGGAACUUAUUGCAGUCAAUAGUCGCUGCACUGCAGCUUUUUGGCAAAAAUAUUUCACAUUUAUACGUGCUUAAUUUGUGUUUCAAUCUUUCAUUGAUUUAAUUGUAAAAUUACCUCAUAUUGCUUCAAUUUUUAUUCUAUUCUGUAAUAUAAAUUAAAGUAAUCUUGUCUGUACUGAUCCUUUCAUAAUCCGAUCCAGUGCCAACUUGU